AUGGAAUUGGUUUGUGCGGAAUCUUCACCAGAAUUUGUCCAAAUUGUGAUUCCCGACCAAAAUGAUACUAAUUUCUCAAUUACUUACACCGCUUAUGACCACAAUAUUCUGAGUGAUGACAGAAUUCUGGAACAAUUACUUCAAGUGGAAGAAAACUAUGUCCCCAAAGAUGUUCUCGAGUCUUACAAAUGCAUCCAAAGUGAAGUCGAGCCCUAUAUGAGGAAAACAGUGGCCAAUUGGAUGCUUGAAGUUUGUGAAGAGAACCAAUGCGAAGAAGUUGUGUUUCCGGUUGCGAUGAACUUCUUGGACCGUUUCCUGGUGUGCACUGACAUCCGGAAGAGUCAGUUACAACUGGUGGGCGUCGUAUGUCUUCUCAUAGCAUCCAAACUAAGACAGUGUCAGACUUUAGAUCCACACGUCUUGAGUUAUUUCACUGAUUAUUCAGUGAGUGUUGAAGAGAUUAUUAUGGAAUUGGUUUGUGCGGAAUCUUCACCAGAAUUUGUCCAAAUUGUGAUUCCCGACCAAAAUGAUCAUAAUUUCUCAAUUACUUACACCGCUUAUGACCACAAUAUUCUGAGUGAUGACAGAAUUCUGGAACAAUUACUUCAAGUGGAAGAAAACUAUGUCCCCAAAGAUGUUCUCGAGUCUUACAAAUGCAUUCAAAGUGAAGUCGAGCCCUAUAUGAGGAAAACAGUGGCCAAUUGGAUGCUUGAAGUUUGUGAAGAGAACCAAUGCGAAGAAGUUGUGUUUCCGGUUGCGAUGAACUUCUUGGACCGUUUUCUGGUGUGCACUGACAUCCGGAAGAGUCAGUUACAACUGGUGGGCGUCGUAUGUCUUCUCAUAGCAUCCAAACUGCCUGUCACAGGUUGGGAGUUAUUAAUAUUAAGAAGAUUACAAUGGGAUGUAUCAACAGUUGUGGCCAACGAUUAUUUGGACCAUUUGUUAGUCAGAAUACCAUCACUUAGUCUAAAAAAUAGCAAUAAUUCAGUCGAUUGUAUGGAUUCAAUAAUCCGAAGACACUCAUCAACUUUUAUCGCUCUCUGCACUACAGGUAAGACUCGAUUCCUUUACAUCUAA